AUAUUAAUAUAAUUACGUACAUCGGGUAUAUAAAAUUAACGUACAUUGGUGACCCCGACGUGAUCAUUAGGUAUACAGUGUAUAAAUACGUACAUUGGUGACGCCUGUUGAACAUUUUUUUUUUACGUUUUGGACAGUGCAUUGUGGAUAUGAAUCCUCAAGACGGACCCGCACCUAUUUACGCCGCGCCUAAUACGCCGGCGCCUUCUUUAGCGGCACCGCCCGCACAGGCGUCGACGGAGACGGAGACUUUGGCGAGUAUAAGUGUUUCGUCAAGGAUACCUGAUUUUUGGUCAGACCAACCGCGACUCUGGUUUGUCCAAUUUGAGGCCGUAGUAGAAUCGCAACGACUAGGAGAUGUAACAAAACAAAACUUAGUCGUUACCAAACUCAGCAAAUCUGCCAUACAACAAGUCAGCGACCUGCUGCUGUCACCACCACAAGAAAGACGAUAUCAGACAUUGAAGGACCGUCUGUUACAAGUGUUUGAAGAGUCUGAGACGCGGCAAUUUCAAAAGCUUUUGGGGGAAAUGGAACUGGGCACCCAAAAGCCAUCGCAACUUCUCCGUCGGAUGAGAGACUUGGCUAGAAACAAACUACCAGACUCCACGCUACAAAUAAUGUGGACCAGACACUUGCCGUCAGCAGUUCAGGCUGUUCUUGCUGUCACCGAGGUCAAGGACUUGGAGAGCUUGGCAACGGUGGCGGACAAGGUUAUGGAGGCAACCAGGCCAGAAUAUACAGAAAUAGCCGAAAUGAAAACCUCCACGCCGGGAAGCAUUCACGAAUUAUCGGAAAUGAUUAACCGACUGCAAGGCGGCUCAUCGUUACUUACUUAG